AUGGGUUCCUUAAGAACGUUCAUUAAGUCUGUUAGAAAGGCGAAAACAAUUGCCGAUGAAAGAGCCGUGAUUCAAAAGGAAUCCGCGGCAAUUCGUACUUCGUUUAGAGAUGUUAGUCUUGACCAAACCACCAGAAGAAUCAACAUUUCCAAACUUGUUUACUUAUACAUCAUGGGAGAAAAGACCCAUUUUGGACAAGUUGAAUGUCUUAAAUUAUUGGCCUCACCAAGAUUUGCCGAUAAGAGAUUAGGCUAUUUAGCCUGUAUGUUGAUCUUGGACGAGAAUCAAGAAGUGUUGACUUUGUUGACCAAUUCUCUUGAUAAUGACAUGCAACACCCUAAUGCAUUUGUUGUUGGUUUGGCAUUGACGUGUCUUGGAAAUAUUGCAUCUCCUGAAUUAGCCAGAGAUUUACAUGCCGACGUGGAAAAGAUUCUUCACUCUAAGAAUUUUUACUUGAAGAAAAAGGCUUGCUUUGUUGCUGCUAAGUUAGUCGAGAAAGAUCCUGAUUUAGCAGAAUAUUUUGCUGAUAAAAUCAAUGAUUUGAUUAACGAGAAACAGCCUGCAGUUUUGUUGGGUACUUUAAGAUUAAUUGAGUCAUUAUAUUUGUCGUCCGAACCAGAACAACGCAUGGCUUUAUUGAAGACUAUACCUAAGAUCGUCGGACAUUUGAAGAGAGUAACUACUAGCGGGUAUCAACCAGAUUACGAUGUUAUGGGUACUUCAGAUCCAUUCCUUCAAGUUGCUUUGUUGUCUACUUUGAGAACCUUGGCCACGGACGAAAGUUGUCCUGCUCAAUAUUUGGAGGAAAUCAAUGAUAUAUUAACCCAAGUGGCUUCUAAUAUAGAUAGUGGUAAGAAUGCCGCUCAUGCUAUAUUAUACGAAUGUGUCAAGACGAUUUUCUCCAUUCAAUCAGACCAAUCAUUGAAAAUCCUAGGAGUUAAUUUAUUAGGGAAGUUCUUAUCUACCAAGGAUAACAAUACCAGAUACGUAGCAUUGGAUACGUUGUUGGCAGUUAUCAAUAUCGAGCCUUUAGCCGUGCAAAGACACAGAUCCACCAUCGUUGAUUGUUUGUCAGACGGUGAUAUUUCAAUUAGAAGAAGAGCGUUGGAAUUAUCAUUUGGGAUUUUGAACGAACAAAAUAUUCGAGUUUUAGUUCGUGAAAUCUUGACAUUUUUGGAAAAUUGUCAUGAUCAAGAAUUGAAACCAUACAUUACUUCCCAAUUAACUAUCGCCGCUAAUAAAUAUUCUCCUAAUGAGAAGUGGCAUUUUGAUACCUUAAUGCGAAUGUUGAAGGUGUCGGGAAAUUCUUUAACUUCCGAUAUCGUGUCUAAUAUCUUGGCAUUGAUCUUACAAUGUAACGAUGGGGAAUUAAAGAAACAUAUCGUCUCUAAAUUAUUCUCUUUGUGUUUGGAAGAUCCAGAACAAUAUUGUCUUGCAUUAAUCACUGUUUGGACUUUGGGCGAGUAUGGUGAUUUAAUAUUGGGAUCAACUGUUGAAGUCAAUCUGAAGAAUGUUCAAGUCACUGAAGCUGCAAUUGUCCAACUCAUAGAGGAUCUCAUUAACAAGUCUACUUAUUCUGAAUCAGAAACUGUCCAGUUGGUAUCUUACGUUUUAACUGCUGUCAUUAAGUUAUCAAUUAAAUUUAGAGACGCUCAAAUUAUCGAAAGAUUAAGAUUGAUAAUCAACUCAAGAACCCGUGAUAAUAACUUGGAAAUCCAAGUUAGAGCCGUGGAGUAUCAAGAAAUUUUUGCUCAAGAUGCAACUUUAAAGAAAGGGUUAUUAGCAAGAAUGCCCGCACCACCAAUAAAACAACGUGAAUCGUUAACUUUGAAUAAGACCACAGGGGCAAAACCAAAGAGAGCUGGAGGAGUUGCUUCUGCGCUUGGAGGCACUGACGACUUGUUGCUUGACUUAAUGGACGAUAAUAAUGAUACAAAUACUGCUCACGCAGCCGAACCACAGCAGGAUGUCUUGAUGGAUAUAUUCGGAGGCAGUGGUGCUGGCCAAGCUCAAUCUACUACAACUGCAACCAACAGUAACGCUGCUAUACUAGACCUUUUCAAUGCUCCACCUGCAUCCGCUGUUGGCAUUGGUUCUUCUCCAUCAGUUAGUGAAAUUGAAGCAUUUACUAAUAGUUAUAUCCAUGUAAGCUUCACCCCAAAAUCAUUCCCUAAGGAUGGUCAUGCUAUAAUGGAAGCAGUGAUUAGAUCGAAUACAAACGAAACAAUCAGCCAAUUCCAAUUAUUAAUCGCUGUUCCAAAGACCCAAAAGUUGAGUAUUUCUUCGACUUCUGGAGGUGAUCUGUUAACACCUGGUGGAACUCCAAUUAGACAAGUGUUGAAAAUUGUCGGUAAGGCUGGAGCUAAGAUAAAGUUGAGAGUUAAGGUUAAAUACAGUGUCAGUGGUAAUUCCGUCGAAGAACAAUUUGAUUUUGCUGGAUUCCCUGAAACUUUAUAG